AUGGUAGAAGACUCUGGAGAAUGUUUGGCACACUUGGGGCAAGUAAUCCAAAGAUGCGUGGAAACAAACCUGGUUCAGAAUUGGGAGAAAUACCACUUCAUGGUGAAGGAAGGCAUAGUUCUUGGGCACAAGGUGUCACAAAAGGGAUUGGAAGUCGAUAAGGCAAAAAUUGAGGUGAUGGAAAAAUUACCCUCGCCGAUUUCAGUUAAGGGUGUUCGAAACUUCUUGGGACACAACGGUUCCUACCGAAGGUUCAUUAAAGACUUCUCAAAGAUUGCUCACCCCCUGUGCAAACUCUUGGAGAAGGAAGUGAAGUUUUAUUUUGAUGACGCUUGUAUGAUGGCGUUUCGAUGCUUGAAAUAA